AUGGCAGAGCUGCUGACUAACGAAGAACCAAACAAAAAAUUCUUUUACCAUGAACAUGCAGCGAAGCUGUUAAAAUGUUUGAACGAAACCAGGGAGCGACCAAAUCUUUGUGAUGCCACAGUUACUAUCGGAGGCAGUCGAAUCCCAGUUCAGAAAAACGUUCUGUCAGCAGCUAGUCAUUAUUUUCGAGCCCUGUUUGAUUAUGAUGAUCACAUUGCCAACAGCACAGAGGAGAGGUCAGAACCUUCAGUCUCAGAUGUUCAUUUAGACCACAUGGGUAUAGAAGAAAGCACAUUCCGCAGCAUUCUGGACUUUAUAUAUACUUCAGAAGUGAAACUAACUCCUAACAAUAUCCAGGAUAUGUUACAGGCUGCUGAUCAGCUGCUUCUGUCAGACUUGAAGGACAUCUGCUGUGAGUAUUUGGACACAUGCAUCAACGCUCAAAACUGCAUUGGGAUUUUAGAUUUUACUUCUCAGUUGUCUUGUGCCUGGUGGCACUUGAAAGUUUCUCAAUUUGUGGAUGCACACUUCAGGGAAGUCACCCAGUAUGAUGAAUUCCUGCGUCUUGAUGCAGGCAGGGUGGAGAAACUUAUGUCCAGAACAACAGUUGAAGUCAAGAACGAAGAUGAUAUACUGGAUAUCAUUCUUCAUUGGUAUCGUUUUGACCCAGCCAGCCGUAAGAACCAGGCAAUGGACUUGAUGAGACGGGUCUUGUUUGUCCAUCAGUUGAGCAGUAAUGCCCAGACAAGGCUGACAGAGCUGUGCGGUGUGGAUGCACAAGAUUUCAGUGACCUGUACGCUGAACUUCAGGACAAGCAGACUCUUGCGACAAGUGUACACAGGGGCUUCACACAAGUUAUUGUGGCAUGUGGGGGAGAAGGAGCUUGCAGGGACAAAGAUGAAGUGGAAGUCAAGGAUUAUGUCAGAUUUGUGGUCCCUGUAAAGUCAAAACAUUCAAUCAACAACAAUCUCUGGGUGGAUUUGGCUCCUAUGUCAGUACCACGCACAGGACAUGCAUUAGUAGAAGUUGGUGGAUACAUGUACGUAGCUGGAGGCAGAGACAGCAAUUGUAGGAUACUAAACAGCUGUGAAAAAUAUGAUCCCUUCAAAAACUGUUGGACACAGGUUGCUCCUAUGAAUCACGCCCGUGUUGGGUUUGGGUUUGUAGCCAUUGAGAACCAUAUAUAUGCCAUCGGUGGUAGCAAUGACAUGACAGACCCACUUUUAUCCAUGGAAGUCUACGAUGUUUUCACGAACAAGUGGAAGGCCUUGCCUGAUAUGAACAUGAAAAGGGCUUGGGCAUGCUACGCUGCAGCAGGGCCGAAAAUAUUUGUCCUCGGGGGUGGAAUCAUCGGUAAAUUCUAUGAAUCGGUGGAAGUAUUUGACACACGUUCACUGACAUGGUAUGUGGUCUCUCCAAUGAGGGAGAGGAGAUGUGAUGCUCGUGCUGUUGCUGUUGGAAAUGAUAUUUAUGUUUUUGGAGGAUUUCGUCGCAUUGAGUGCCCUAGUGCUGCACAUACAGGUCACAGUUUGAAGCUUUGCGGAACAGAAUUUUAUUCCGAGAAAAAUGAUUACUGGAUGCCAGUCCAGAUGAGGUCUGGUGCUCACGGCAUGUGUACUGUAGGGGAAAACUCACACAUUGCCGGAGUUCUGUUUGACGGAGAGGACAUUCUGGUGGUUGGGGAGCUUGAUAUGGGCAGAGAGGUUCAAACAGUUCGCUCCUUUAACAGACACACCAACACAUGGGAGUGCUUGAUUAUUCACAAGCCGGACCAACAGACACGCUACCAGUGUUGCUUGUUGCCUCUGCCCAAAAGUCUUCUGUAUAAACUGAUGCAGGACCAGGGAAAGAUUCACAGCAUUAAUGAUGAUAGUGUUGCCGAAGGGGUUAUGGAAUGA